AUGACUAAAUCUCUUUACCAUCCCUUCUUUCGUCUUCUCCAGAAUCAUUCAUAUAUACACAAGCGACGUAAAUUCCACGAUUAUAUCAGAGGUCCUGCCGAUCACGGAACAUAUAAAAUCCCUCUCAGUUCUUCUAAAAUCGUUGGUGUUUACUCUUCCAGAGGAUCAAGACUAGAUCAAGAAGACGCUUCUGCCGUUCACGCCCUUCAAUUGGACCCAAAGGAGAUCUCGAGAACGUUAGAACGAAGCAAGAUCAAAUGGGAUCCUCUAUCAUCCGGUACGGAAUUCUUAGCUGGUCAAGUAGCAUUCUUUGGGAUAUAUGAUGGACAUGGUGGAAAAGAUGUAGCAGGGUUUCUUCGUGAUCAUCUUCAUGAACUCAUAGAAUCUGUGGAACCUUCUUUCGCUGAAGAGCUGAUUUCAUGGACAAAAGAACGACAUGGGGGUUAUUAUCGACGUUGGAGAGGGGGUAAUCUGUCUAGAUUGGUAAGGGAGAAAGAUCAAGGGUUGAUGUUGGAUGAACGUUUGACUCUGGCUUUUUUACAGGCCGAUCGCGAUAUUCUAGAAAGGGUGAACAAUGCUGAGAGAUGUGGAUCGACUGGUACAGUCGCUCUGCUUCAUUCGUUGGAUUCACCAGGUCAACCAUAUUGGUCUUCAAAAAGACUUAAUAUGAUUAUUGGGCAUUGCGGCGACACAAAAGCAUUACUAUGUCAUCGUCCUACUGGUCAAGUACACACUUUAACAGAACGUCAUCAUGCCGAAGCUCGCGUUGAAGCAGCUCGAUUAAGACGUAUGGGAGCUGAUAGGUUGGUUGCUGAUUCUUUCGGAGAAACGAGAUGGAUGGGGGCUAUUGAGAAUACGCGGGGGUUCGGAGAUGGGAAAUGGAAAUCAUCAGGAGUAACAGCCGAACCUGAAAUUAUUACUCGUGUCAUUGAUGGCUCAGACUACUCAUAUCUCAUCUUAGUGACCGACGGUCUCACUUCUCUCAUGUCAGAUCAAGAAUUAAUCGACCUAGCUCGAAACGCUUCAGAUCCAACAAGAGCAGCGAAAACAAUUGUACAUUUCGCAGAAGAUUUAGGUGCUAAUGAUAAUUGUACUUGUAUAGUCGUCCCUUUAGCUGGAUGGGGAAAGGUAGGUGGGAUGGAUAUGACUGAAGAGAGAAGAGAAUAUAGGAGACGACAAGUUGGUAUGAUGAAUAGUCGUAUGCAAAGGAUGUAA